AUGUCUCUGGUAAUGGAGGACUAUUCAGAGUUUACACCUAGAAUGGAGGAGCUCGUGGACUCUCUGAUAAAAUGCUUACUUCAGUGGCAAGGAGUACCUUUGGUAUCUUAACCAACUUAUAUUAUAUUCUAAUUCUCGUUCUUUUGAAGUGCCUGAGUGUAGCUCUUAAACAAACCUUUAUUACGAAUAAUUGCCUUAACAAGGCUGAAGAGGAUAGAAGAAUAACGGUUGAGUAUUUAAUAAGUGAGGUGAUUUUGGAGCUUAAAUAAUUAAGCAGAUAACAAUGUUCUUUUAAAUCAUUAUCUUACAAAAUAUUUGUAAAAUAAGGUGGAAGAGGUUAAAAAUUAAAUAGGCUGUAAGGAAACAUGUUUAAGUGGUUAAGAAGUAAGGUGAUUUUGGAGCUUAAAUAAUUCAGCAAAUAACAACGCUCUUUGACAUCAUUAUUUUAGAACGGUUUUUUAGAUUACCUUUUAUUUGCGUAACGAAUUGUUAAUUUCUGAACCGAUCUUGUUAGGAUGUGGAAACUUUUUGUUCAUCUGAUAUAGGUAUAGGCAAUAACAUGAUUUCGAGUGUAAUUUGGAGUAAAUUUUUAAAAAAUAAGAAAAGUAAGUAAUGCAUUACCUUUGAUGAAGUGAUUUUUACCUUGCUUUUCCAUAUACUCUUUCAGAGUUUUACAUCUGAUGACAUAAGAAUAAUCUUGGUAUCACUCGGAUCCUCUCCUGCUUUGAGAGACCUGUGUUUAUCAAAACUGGCAUGGGCUGUGCAGAACGUUGGUUCCUCUCUUAAAGUGGUUGCUAAGGGUGGGUGUUUUUGUCAGUUAAACACAACAUGAACGAUGAUAUUUUUUAAUGUAAUUGUGUAAUAGCGCUGUGAUGCAUCCAAUGUCCGAAGAGAAAUAAUAAUAUUCCAUGACUUCAGAUCGUCCAGCCGAGUUAAUUUCUUUUGAGGAAUAUUAACAGAGACUGAAUGAUAGCAAAGAUUGCAAGAAGACAAAAUUGUGUUGUCAUGGAUCAUGUGUCCAUUCUGUAAUUGCUUAGAUUAAAAUUAACUAUUUUCUAAUUAUAAUUCCAGGAGAUUGUGAGUUACAUGGCAAAGUUAUGACCUACCAGAAUGUUUUUCAUGUGCUUCUUGCUCUUGAGGAGAUACUGAGGGGAACUUUUGUGAAGCAGGAGACUUAUUCUGAGACAGGUGUUACUUAAUUCUCGGUGAUGAUCAAACUGGAAAUAUUUAUUUUUUCCGUAAUGGUAAACUUGCUUAUUUUUGUAUUUUAUUUUUUUUCUCUCCACAGUUUCCUCUAUCUAUCACAAUCUUAAUAGUUCACUUAGGCAUGUCUCGAAGGCCUUCCCAGUCUUUGCCCACUUCGUCUGGAGAUUGCUAUUGUUGUUGUCAAGACAUCUCUCUUUUUCAGAGCAAGAGGAACAAAAGUUGCUUUGA